AUGAUCCCAGUCCAACGUUUAAUACCAAUAUAUGGAGUGGGUCAAUUAACUUUGGAGCCUAGGAUAUCUAAUGUCGACCUUGAAUCCGCGAACGGACACAAAAAUACCCCACCUCAAAGAGCCCUAGGAGCCCCCAUCCGACGCCUCCAGCGGGAUCUAACCUUAGAUUUGACUGCGGAAAUAAAAACUGCGUCCCCACUGUCCCAUUUGAUCCAUCCUGAUAAGGCUCUGUUUCCUGGCCAAGCGAGACCGCCCGAGGCCGUUUGCACAGUGCGUGCUCCGUACACAGUUUUAACACCCCUGCAGGGCCCAGCCCCGCCAAUCUGCUGGAGACAGCCGUCGCAGCUGAGGUAG